AUGUCGACGACGUCAGCGUCAGCAACGUCCUCGGUGGCGGCCACUACAUCCUCAGCAGUCACACACACGCUGAAGGCAGGCUCCAACCUCAAGGUCGUCGGUAUUAUCUUGGCAGUAGCCAGUGGUGUACUCAUCGGAGCGAGUUUCGUCUUGAAGAAGAAGGGUUUAAUCCGCUCGCAGGCGGGCGGAGAACUCGGAGAGGGUGUGGCGUAUCUCAAGUCGGCACUAUGGUGGUCGGGAAUGAUAAUGAUGAUUCUUGGGGAGAUAUGCAACUUUGCAGCAUAUGCGUUCGUAGAAGCCAUCGUCGUUACGCCUCUCGGUGCACUAUCGUUUCUUCGGGUGGCUUGGUUGCGGUCUGUGUAUUCUCGGCUCAGUCAUUAUCGCCCUAAACGGUCCGAAAGAAGAGACGAUUGGCCAGAUUCGCGAAUUCCAAAAGCUUUUCCUCGCACCAGGAUUCCUGCCUUCAUCUCAGUACUGAUCACAGCCUCGUUGGUUGUUGUGUUUUAUUUCGCUCCCAAGUAUGGCAAGAAGAGCAUGCUGUGGUAUAUUUCUGUGUGUAGUAUGAUUGGUGGCAUAUCUGUCAGCGUCACCACCGGCCUUGGAGCGGCUAUUGUUCAGACGGCCCUCGGCGACAACCAGUUCAAGUACUGGUUCAUGUAUUUUUUGUUCGUGUUUGUUAUCGUCACCCUAUUGGUGGAAGUGUAUUAUCUGAACGUUGCUCUUGCCCUAUUCAACACCGCGAUGGUCACCCCGACUUACUAUGUCAUUUUUACUUUCUGUUCCAUGGUGACAACUAUAGUGUUGUUCAAAGGACUUGCAGCCAGCCCAACCCAGAUCAUCACAAUCGUCAUGGGCUUCCUCGUCAUCUGUCUUGGCAUCACAAUUCUCCAGAUGUCCAAGGUCGACCCCGAAAAGCUCAACAAGCUCGACCGACGGUCGACGCUUCUUCUCCAAGCUGCUCGUGCACAGACGGAAACCGUCGACGAGAAGGGCCUGGUCCAGUACGAAGACCCAGGGAUGGACACUCUACGCGGGUCCUUCGGCACCGUUGGCAGCAUUAUUCGUGCUCGUACAGUCAGGCGCAUGAGCCAGAGCAGUUACAACAACCAAAAUCUCCGGAUGCGACCACCUGGUGCUGCAGCUCCACAUAUCGGCACACCGUCGUGGCUGAGUCCGGAAGGAGUAAAGCGGCAUCAACUGUACGACGCACCCGUUCCUCGAGACGACGCUUCAUCCAUACGGGCGGCUUCAAUUCAUUCCCAAAUCAUGAACAAGCGGCCGACCAUUAAAUUCGACAGUCAAGAAGUUGUACACUCCUACAACAGGCCAGGAGAAGGGGAUGCGAACCCGACACACGAGCAUCGACCGGCGCAUGGGUCGAUGCUUGUGCAAGACGGUUACCCGCCUAUGCCCGUAGUGCCGCCCACACCGAACACCGCCGUCCGGGAAGGCAAGCUGCUGGAGAUCGACAGCCCCGACUUAUCACGCAACUCCGGCCCCGCCCUAGUUGCGAGCCCCAAUCCAGACGUUGUGGUGACAUCGCCGACACACUCGUCCGCGGACCAGACGCUAGACCUCCCACCUCUGAUAAACACGGAACAUACCGUGCAUAGUGCGCCACCUACGAUAUAUGCGAGGUUUGCGCGGACACCAGGUGCUCAGCCUAUACGAAAGGAUUCAAGAGAGAUCUUCGACCCUCGCGCCAGCACCAGCGGGGCAACUGGCGCUCCAACAGUCAGGGGCACGUUGCUGAGCUUCCCGAGCGUAACAGAUUCAGAGCCCUCCAUGUGGGACGAUGCAGGGAUGGAGAGUGUGGGCCUGACAGAGAGGGAGAGCCGCGAACGGUUGGCGGCGAAGCAGAGCCAGGACAAGCUGAUGAAGGCCAAGGAAAAGGAGAGGAGCAGGGAGAGAGAAAAGGUUCGGACGCCAAAGAAGUACCCGAAGGGUCUGGAUGCGGAGGAGGACGAGCAGGAGCGCGAGAGCCUUUGGAGGAAGGCCAACGGUACGGAGGAGGAUAGCAGCAAUAGCUCGCCUGAGAUAUUGCCCCCGGAAGUGGGUAGCAUUAGGCUGGUGCAACCAGGUCCGAGGUUCUAG